AUGCCCAUCACCAACCAGUAUGUCGCCUGUACCAUGCAGAAGCUCACUGCCUCCAUCUGCCUCGAGCACAGCACAUUCUCAGAGUGGAGAAUGCCACUCACCAUGUGCACGAUGGCAUAUUUCUGGACAAUGUCUGAGUGCCUUGCACCUCUAAUCACCAUGGAGAAGGUUGCCAAGGCCUGCCAGACAACCAUGCCAUGGAUGUGGCAGCACACUGAGGUCAUAUAUUCGCUCACCAUCGGCCAUCUCCAGGGGCUUGAACAGGACCCUCACAAGCUCACUGAGGCACUGGAGCAGAUUAACAGCAUGAACCACUGUCUCCAGCUGAUGAACAUGCCUUCAUCUGAGAUAAUUGAGCCCUGCCUGUUCCACCUGGUGUGGUGGAACUUUACCACUCAGUACCCUGCGUUGGAGCCUGAACUGUUAGCAGCCCCUUCCAGUCAUUCACCUGCCUCAAGGCUGCCUGUUCAGGGCACACUGACCAUGGCCCAGCCAGCACGCCAUCUGCAGGAUGUCCCAGACAGGAUCCAGGGACAAGUUCUCCAUCCAUCAGCAAGAUGUGAUGCAAUACCCAUUUGUACACUGGCAGAAGCCAUGACACUCUGCGUCGAAGAGCCACCACUCGAAAUGCAGGGCAUCUCGAUCUUUGAUGAGGCAUUUCCCCAGAGAGGCAGCCUGCAGUGCACCGAGUUCAAGGAUUAUGGCAUUCCAGGUCAAGACCAUCAUGCAGUACAGGUCAGCACCCAUGCCACACAACCUCAUCCAUCCAUUGAGGGUGCUCAUUUGAUUGUGACUCAGGCACUGGGUUCAGGUGAUGUUGCUCACCAAGUGACCCUGUCAGUCUCCAUGCAUGCCCCUGCUGCCAGCACACCCACUCCUCAUCUGCACCCUCACCCAGCUACCCAGCUUGCAAUGGCUCAAUUGGCUGGCCCCUCAUCUCAUGUGACAGCGGAGACCACCCAUUCAUCUGCUCACCUACCACCCCCUCCUUUUGUUCUUAUUCUGAGUGUGGAGGGGCCUUCUCAUAGGCACAUCGAGAUCAACCCACUGAUGUGCACACCUGCUGCAGCCUACACUGAGCCUGUCACCGGGACAAGAUCUUGUGUUGAUGGGACACCUGCAGCCAUGCAUGUCAACAGUGCACCAAGGCAUGCGUCAAGUGCACCCUGGCCUUCAAGAAUGACUUGCUGGGGCCACCCCAGGCCUCAGUACUUGAUGGGAUGGCCACUGUAUGAACCUGACCCAGCCACACGUGGAGAGCUCCUGGAGGCCUUGGACCCCAAGAUCCACAAGCUGGAUGAAUACAUCGAGGAGCUGGCCUGA